AUGUCUGUUAAUCAGCUGCAGGACCUUCACUUUCAACUCAAGUAUGUUGUGAAACAGUUCAAUAAAAACUCGACGCGAUGUGAGAAGGAACAGAAGGCUGAAUUGGGUAAGUGUAAAAAGGCAAUGGCGAAGGGCAACAUGGAUAUAGCGCGUAUUUUUGCUGAAAACAGCAUUCGAAAGAGGAACGAGUCCCUGAGCCACCUCCGCCUCGCCUCGCGUAUGGAUGCCGUUGUCUCACGCCUCGAUACAGCCAUCAAGAUGAACAAAGUAACAAGAGGGAUGAGUCAGAUGGUACAUGGAAUGGACAAGGUUGUUCAGUCCAUGAACCCAGAGAAGAUAUCAGAACUCAUGGAGAAAUUUGAGAAACAAUUUGAAACAAUGGAUGUUGCAUCUGAAUACAUGGAAACCGCAAUAGGGCAAACAACGUCUACCAGCAUGCCGGAGGAUGAGGUAUCUUUACUCCUGUUGCAGGUGGCUGAAGAGGAAGGUCUGGCCGUUAAGGAGGAGUUAUUCAAUAAGGCAAAGCUUCCGCAGCAGCAACCCGUGGCGCCAGAGGCAACUAAAUUAGCUGAACCGGAUCUUGAUGAGCUGAGUGCACGACUUGACAUGUUACGGGGUAAAUAA